AGCUUUGAUUGUUGAGCAGCCUAAGCUGGCCUAGCACGGACGCUGUUUCCUGACGGUUUGCUGACACCUUUGGCAUUUUCGGUGGUGCGUAGCCCCGGAGGUGACGUGACUAUGACUAAUGGAGGCUACCGUGGAUCCGGUCGCGAUCAUGAUCGGGAUCUUUAUCCGGAUAACCGCCGUAACUUUGGGCGCGAUGAUCACCGUGAGCAUAGCAGAGAUGUACGAUGUGACCGAGCGAGGGAGCACGAGCGCGGCCCGUAUUACGAGAGAAGCCAAGACUAUUGGGAGCAACCUAGGCGGACAGCUCCUGUUUGUUUCGAGUGUGGAGAACCUGGACAUGAUCGAAAUCAAUGUCCCAGGAGAAGAAGGAGAAGGAGGAGCGGGAGAAGGAGAAGGAGGAGCGCCUUGCUGCGAAGCGCGUGAAGACCGAAAGGAGGAAAAACUACGUCGAGAUGAGAUCGCCCGUGAGAGGUUCCGUAAGGAGAUGCGAAUGCAAAUCUCCAUGGAUGUUGGAGGUCUCGGAGAGCACCUAGAGCGCAAGAUUAACCGGGUUAUUGAUCUCACUAAAGGGAACGGCAAGGUUGAGGAGGCACUCUCCGAGGAGGAAUCAUACAAAUCUGAGAACAGUGACGUUGAAGCUCUGAGCAACCAGGCGGAGAAUCUGACGAUCAAUGAGAAGCGCAAACGCGGCCCCGAAGAAGAGGUGGGAGAUAGCCCACCCAUGGAAACACCUGCGAAGCGCUCCGCCAAACGCGGGACGUUGGAUCCCGUACGGCUUACCAAGCGGUUACAGCUGAGUUGUCGCCGACCACCUCUCAAGAAGACGCCUCCGAGGAAGACACCGCGACGAAGCGUGGGGAAGAACAAGAUUCCAGCAGCAGCUGGACCGAUGGGGACGCUGAGGUUUGUUACGGAGAACCUGAAGGCACUCGGGAAUACGAUGAUGGACCAGCUAAAGGAGACUUGUCGUUUGGAAGAUGUUCAGUACGUGUCUAAGAAGAUGGAACGAUUCUGGCUAUUGCCGAUAAGCGGACACAGAUUGCCUACGGAUCGGACCAUGAUGCUGCCAAGGUGGAGGCCGUGGAGCAUGACGAUCUGGUCGCUGCUACCGCUGAAGACACCAAGUCAGAUACCGAGGAGGAUGUGGAACCUUGAAGCGUUGGGCAGCUUUGGAGUCUUUGUCGGGCUGUGAUACAGGUCCGAAGGGAAUCCCCCUUCGACCCUUACCUUGGAGCGAC